UGACACUUGAAAGCGGAAGUCAGGUGUUACUGUAAUAUGGUCGCUUGUGGUGUCAGGCUCACAGACGAGUCACAGACGAGUCACAGAGGUACCGCCAACAUUUGUCAGUGAGCUAACGUCGCUUUCUUCUGUCGCGUCGGACCAGAGCCUCGCUCAAUGCUGGGUUGUGUAACUUUGUCGAAUGGAGAUGGAUGAUGAGCUGGAGAACUUCAUCAGGGAGCGGAAGGCGAGAGUGGCUGAGGAUAAAGCCAGUCUACAACAAGACCCUCCUUACAUGGAAAUAAAGGCAAAACCCCACAGAGCCUAUGAGUUGACUGUCAAGGAGAACAUCCCUCCCAAGUCUGUUGCCCAGAGGAAAGAUGAGAAUUUGGGUCUGCCGCUCGGUGUAGAGUACGAGAGGAAGAAGCAGAGGCUGCAGCAUGAGCUGCGUUUGGACUACAGGCACUACAUGGCUCAGAAAAAACUCUUUGACCCUGCGGCGCCUGGACCAUUAAUUCACCUCAACAACAGGCGGUCUGUCAAGCAACAGCUUGAAGACCGGACAGGCGUUGUUCCCAAACAGCGAGCCUCCUCUCGGAGGGAUGCAGCCACUCUGACAGAGGACAAUAGGGGGCUGCAGAGGGCUCUGCACCUCGCUGAGGUUAAGGCCUUCUGUCCUGAGGAGGAAGAGGCUUGUAGGCAUCACGACAGGCUGGGGAGGCCUGUGGAGCUGGAAUCAGAGGAAGAUGAGUAUUUAAAGGAGGAGCUGGAGCGGAUGAAAGGCAGAAGAAACAGAUAUACAGGGACUGAGGCCAGUUAUGAGAAGAGACAAACCAAUAAGACUGAUGGCAGGGAGAAGAGGGAGAAUCCAUUCAGCUUUGCCAGAGAAGGCAGGAGAUCGAGAACACUGGCCAAAUAUGAGGAUGCUGAGUUUGCUACUGGUCUUAUAAUAGGAGCGGCAGAUACAGAUGAGGCUUUGCGGAGGAGGAAGGAGCAUUACAGACAUGAGCUGCAGGAGCAGAUCGCUGAACAACACAGGAACAAGAAAAGGGAGAAAGAUUUGGAGCUGAAAGUUGCUGCGACGGGGAUGAAUGAUCCUGAGAAACAGCCGGACCGAAUCAGGCAGUUCGGAGUGAGCAGGAGAAAAUAUCUUGAGGUUUCAGAGCCUUCAGCAACAGGAGAGAGCGAAUCAUCAUCGAGAGGUUUCCACAAUAAUGAGAAGAUUGGUGUUCGAGAAAGAGAAACAUCUCCUCCCUCGCAGCCUCAUGUGGCCUUCCAGUCCCCGCUGCUUGAGUACAGCUCUUCCCUGGGUCUGGGAGGUGGAGGUCUGUCUCCCAGCAGUCAGCCUGCUGCCCCCUCCUUCCCCAGAGCCAUGGACACUCCAAGAAUUCCUCUGUUCCCUCCACAUCCUCCCUCAUCACUCAGAGAAGCCUGCAGGAGCCUGUAUGCGGAGCCCCAUUACUGCUGUUGCAACAGAAACCUGCUUGACCCAAACAUGGCCUACUAUGGUCAUUUGUCUGGCGCUGGCCAUCCCAUCUCCUACUGGAACAUGCCACCAGGGGGUGCUGUGCCCAGUCAGCUUGGUAACCACAGUCCUCACAGUCAGCACAGUGGCAACAGCUUCCCUGAACCACCAUUACAGCCCAGCAGUGAAGCUGCUACAGUGGACUCAUGCGGCAGUGUUUUCCCUUCAGAGAAUUCCAGGUCAAACAUAAAGAGAAUCCUGAGCUACAGAGACGCUCUCAACGAACAGGAAACCCCCUGGAGUGGGAGCAACGAAUUUGACAACAAGAUCCAGGAGCAGCAGGAAAGGAGACGUCUGGAGAGGGAGCAGCAAGAGCGACAUGAGGCGCAGCUGGAGGCCUACACGAAGAACCACCAGCCGUGGGGGCGAGGUGGAGGAGGAGCCCCUCUCAGAGACAGCACCGGAAAUCUAAUUGCCGAUCUCCACCAGAUGCACAAGCUGAAUGAGGAGGCCUACACCAACCCGGAGCAAUGGCAGAGGAAAGCCGCUGCCACCAUGUUGGCACGACAGACAGAGCAGCCUGAGCCCAUCGAGAGAGUCUCCGGUUUCACACACGUCCAAACCCCCCAGUUUGCCAGAGGUAAAGUGUUCGCCAACCAGCCCACCCAGCACCAGGUCCAUGAGCAGGACACGUACAAAGCUUGCCUCAAACAGCAGAUUGAAGAGAAAAUGCGUAAAAGGGCAGAGGAGAGGGAGAUGACCAGACUGGAGGAGGAGAAGGAGGAGAAGAGGCUGGCAGAGCAGAGAGCUCGCAUCCAGAGGGAGUACGAGGAAGAAGAAGAAAAGAAAAAACGAAAGGAAAUGGAGGAAAACAGUAUUCAUCUCUCACUUCCUGUCACUCAGCAAAAGGCCAAGAAUGAAGAGCUGAUUCAGCUGGCUGAACAGAGGAAGAAGGAAGCCGAGAGGAAGAAGAAGGAAGUAGAGGAGAAGGAGAAUGCAGCACUUAGAAGGCAGAAUGAGAUGGAGAGACAGACCCGGGUGGAGGAGGUCUGCAGGGAGCCUUCUCCUCCAAUCCCCACCCUGCAGAAGAAACAUGGGUCCCACCGAUACACCCCCAGACCCCCCACUGUUGACAGCCAACGUUCCACUGCUCCCCUGUCUGAGUGUUCUUUGUCUGGUCUCCAGUCACCUCCCGUGCCUGCUUGUAGGAACCAGCUUCGAGCUACAGGUGAGCAGCGUGACGUGUUCAGCGAGCUGUCAGCUUUGCGUCGGCAUCUUCGCUCUGAACAGAAGCGGUUGGAGCAGGACGAAUUGGAGGAGUUCGACUCUCCACUGAGUGACAGACAUCAGGAGCAUCCCCUGGUAGAUGUGUUCGAUAUGGCCAGGCUGCGGCUCCAAGCUCCAGCCCGAAGACCCAACUCCAGAAACAUUGAGCCCAGAAAGCUGCUGCGGAUCCAAGACUCCCUGCAGCUCAACUACACAGACGGGAAGUCGAGGCUGGGCUCCUGUGACGUUCCACUGGAGGAAGUGGGUGUGAGCAGCAGGAGAAGAUACGACCACAGGGAUCCAUGUCAGCAGCUCAGCAGCCAGAGGACGACUGUCCUGGACGAUUAUUUUGACCUGUCCCCUCCACAUCAAAAUGAUUAUCUGAGGAGUGUGAUGGGGCGAUCUCCAAGAGGUUCUCUACUGGAGUCGGACAGAGUGUUCAUUGAGCCCCUAGGUGAUGCCCUUCCACUUCUGCCGUACCCAGACAUCCAGAGAACCUCCCAGCUAUCGGCCAGGGAGAGGAGGAGGCAGGCCAAACAGUCACAGCAUCCUCAGGAACGAGCUGCUUCCAGCCAGAGUAUUGGCCAAUACGACGACUACUCCACUCACACAGGUAACAGGCUGCAACAGGAGGUGGAGCACGGCGAGGGAAGGAGCCCAAACAGUGCAGGGCAUCGGACGGCUCUCAGUCGUCGUGGUAACAAAGCCGGACCAGUGGAUCUGUCUGAUGAUGACUCCUCCCCUACACAGUCCUCUUCUCGCAAUCUUAACCAUCAAUGCUCCAUAGAAACUGUCGCUACAGAUCCCUGGAUGCGCCCGGGGACAUCGGACACCCUGAAAUGUUUGGACCGUCCAUCUAGGAGGGAGCGGUUGGCAACGUAGUACUUUGUUUCUCAAACCUCUGAGCUUCCUUGUACUUUGGAAAGUCUGUUGUAAAAUUAUAAAAUUAUGGAUGUUUUUACCUCAUGGAUUAUAUGACGGAUGGAUGUUUGAAAAAUGUACUUUUGUAAAAAUCAUUGUUUACAUCAGUGAGAACAUACAUGUUUGUAUGGGCGAUUGUUUGGCUAAUGCCUAAAUAGUUUUUAUUAAAUUAUUUUAAUUAUGAA